GACUGAAUCGGAAAAAUGUUCUUAAUUUUCCAUAAGCUGCCGGGGUUAAACCUAUUCUACGCUUUAUUUCGUGUGUUUGAUUGUUUCUUCCAAUCCUUAUGUCGCGUCCCAGAUAAAUGUGUGCCAGCUCACAAAAUAGUUCUUACAGCAAGAUCGACACUUUGGAAUGAAGAGUUCCUUGAAGGAAAAUCGGAGCUGGACUGGUCAGAUAUAGAUUCAGCGGUGGCAACUGGAAUUAUUUUAUGGUUGUAUAAGAGCGACAUUAGACUGGUAUCCGACGAAAUAACUUUGCAACUAAUAAAAAAAGCAUAUGAGUUUAAAUUGGACAGUCUCGUCGAGUACUGCGAACAAUAUCUCAUAUCGGCAGUGAAUAUUCGAAACUGCGUCAAGUUUUAUAGUGUUGCUGAGGAAAUCCAUGCCUCUGGUUUAAGGGAAUAUUGUUCUGGUCUCAUUUCUGCACAUUGGGAUGACCUGAAUUCAUCCGACUUUGAACACAUGAGUGGUCCCUUACUGCAUCAGAUGCUGAAGAGCAAAACUCAUUUACCUUUGCAUAGUGCAGUGCGGCUUCAAAGAGAAGAUGUUGUUUUUUUAUGCUUGGUGGAAAAUUCAAACAGGUACAUCUUAAAAGAAAUAACGCAACUUUUGAAUCAUCGUCCAAUAUACCUACCCGUUUAGCAGACGAGAAGCAAAGACAGACCAUUAGCAGACGAGGGAUAAUUAGUUUGAAAUCCAUUAGGACCUUAAGCGUGACUUCCCAAAAAAAAWUGCUASACAUUUGUGUUUGAAAAUAAGUAAAUAUUGUGCURUUAAUGAUAUUGAAAUCAUAGUUUGUGGUCACAAAUWUAACUUUUUUAUAUCUGAAUUACAUUUAUCUUUAAUUACCGCACUUGUGCGGUAAUAAACAUCAUUAUGACAUUUGAAGGAGUGCCAAAUCAUAGUCAUUGUAUAACAGUUGUAGAUAAAAGUAAUUUUUCAUACACUAACGCCUGCUCAAUUGAGCC